AAAGCAUACAUAUAGAUAUAGAUAUAUAGAUAUAUAAUAACAAUAAUAAUAAUAUACUAAUCAAUCAAAGAAUCAGAAGAAGAAGAAUUACACACAUGACUUCCUUGUCCCUAAUUCCACUUUCACCGUGGAAAUUGAUGAAUAUUAACAAUGGUGGGAACAAGAAGCAAGUAAGAAAAGCAAAUAUUUGUAUCAAGUGUUGUAGUAGCAGUGAUAAUCAAUGUGAAGCCAUUCCCUCUAUUCUCAUUCCUUCAGACCAACGCAUUCUUGAAAAGGCUUUCAAGGAGCCUGUUGCUUUCAUGGGAGGCGUGUUUGCAGGGCUUCUGAGGCUGGAUUUGAAUGAAGAUCCACUCAAGGAAUGGGUUACCAGGACUGUAGAAGCCUCUGGUUUUACGGACGAGGAACUUGACUCUGAAAAUAUCACUUCAGAAGAAGUUCCCCAGGAAAUAGAGAUUGAAUAGUUUAACUGGAGUGAUAUGUAAAAUAAUCACUUUUCGCCACCCGUUAUUUAUGCCGCUUUCUAUAAACCUUGCAACAUAUACUACAUAGUAAUAUCCCUUGUUCUUUGAUAA